ACUUCACAGCAGCAUAGUGAAUCACAUAGGAUCAUUCUUUGGAUCACUAGCUAUAAAAUCCCGAAACUCCGGUGGAUCCACGUCGAACGGCGGACGAGAUGAUCAUACCUAAACAAGAAUCGUCAUCAUCAUCAACACCCUCAUCAACAACCACCUCUUCUGCGUCAAAAGCAAAAGCAUCAUCAGCUCCUGGUAAAAAGGCGACAUCACAGGCCAGUCCACUCAAAUUGAAAAAGGGUAGCAAGAUGGCAUCAACGGCCACCUCACCAACAACCACCUCAUCUACCUCCUCAUCAACCUCACCAAAGAUGCCCCCUCCGAACCUCCAAUCAAUCGACAGCUCAUUCCAACUAGCAGAAUACCUCGCCUUGCUGAUCAAGCGGGAUCCGAGGGAUGUAGAGGGGAUCGUGGAUUUGCCUGCGAGCGGAUCGGGUGCGAGUGCCAAUGAAGCGAACGCGGGUGCGAGUGUGAGUGCGAGUCAAGCUAGCCCGGAAAAGGCGAAAACCACACACCAGGACAAGGGCAAGGACGGACAAGGAAAAGUACAAGGAGCUGGAGUUGGAGUUGGAUCGAGAGGUGCGGAUGGGGUUGGGAGUCCGAACGGGAGUGGGAGUUCAAGUGGGAGGAAGAAAGAAGUGGAUCUCUGGGUGUACGAACAUCUUCGCCGCCUACCACAAGACCUGACCCCGCUCCUAACCUCCCUCCUGCCCGUCUGUUCGAGAGAAACGUGCCCGGAAAUGAAAGCUGCCGAGUGGGUUUACUUGUGCGUUGCACAUCCUGUAUUGGGGCCCGGAGGGAGUUCUGGUGGGGGUGUGAAUGGGGGGAUGAGCAGUGAGGGUUGUUCGGCGAUCGAUUAUAUUCUGCAUACGGUGGACCAGCAUACGGCGCUUUGGAAUUCGGCCCAGGCGUUCCCUUCUCGACUCUCUAUCAAAGCCGGCUCUGAACGGUAUUUCGGUCAACAAGCUCGACGGAUCUCCAGGGUCUUUGGGCACGCUUGGUUCCACCACCGAGAGGUUUUCGAGGAGUGCGAGGCUGAGAACGCGCUGUACGCACGGUUCUUAGCGCUGAUCAGGCGGUACGGAUUGAUGGCCGAGGAACUGCUCGUCAUCCCCUGGGACAAGCCCGGGUCCAGCGAGAGCAAGAACAGCGACGGUCAAGAUGGCGGGAAGACCGACGCCGCUUCUGCUAGUGCUGGUACUGCUGGCGCAGGGGUGGGUUUGAAGAGGUCGGCCUCGGUCAAGGUCGCCGCCGGAUCCGGAUCUGCAGCGGGGAAGAAGGGCGAGAAUGACGAAGAGGAGGAAGAUGCCGAUGUGGAAGAUGGCUCGGAAGGAGAGUUUAGGCGCGAUCAAUUCGGACCCUCAACGGCUGUCAAAAAGCCCGCUGGAUCUUCCGUUACAGGAAAGUCGAGCAGAGGGCGCGGAGGUUCAGACAACAAGGCGGUCAGGGGGAGGAGAAAGUUGUUCCAAGUGGACAUCCCAAAGGAAGAAGACGAGGACGACAUCAUGGACGAGCUCGAAGCGCUCGAGCACGUUCAGAAUCACGGGGACGACGACGAUCCCGUCAACGCCGAGAUCGAUCGGUUUACGAUCAUCGCCAACAAGGAAUUGUUGGAACCGAGGGCGGAGCCGGGGACCGAGGUCAACAAGUCGAACAGGAGCAGGAACAGGAACGGGAACAACAAUAUCGAAAAGCUCAGGAGGAUGCGUGAAGCCAACGCCUCUUCGAGCGUUGGAGGCAAGUUGAACGGCUUGGGGAUGGGUGUGGAAAAGUUCCCCACGCCCACGCUGAGAGACCCGUUAGCUGGGGAUCCUAGUCGAGGAGUCUCUGUCCCCUUGCAUGAUGUCAGUCUGAACGACGACGAUGACAAGGUGGACCACGCGGAGGGUGGGAGCGAUAGCGAUGAUAGUGGUGGAUCCGGGGGAUCUGAUCCGGAAGAAGCUGUCACGGGCGCUGCGGUGGAUUCGGACGAGGAGGAUGAGAAGAUGGUGGAGGAUGUCGGGAGCGGGUUAUAAGCCGAGGUGUUUGACGAGGGAGUACCCCAUCUUUUCACGCUCCUGUUCCUUUUUCGCUUUUCUCGGAUGUGUUGACGACCGCUACGAAUGUAUGGAUGAUCACGACGACUUGAUAUUCUAUGUGUGUAUCUGUCUAGACUGGAUGCUGGCCUGUGCAGCAUAUCGACAACGUCAUUAUCAAGACCGAAGUUGCCACUUCUGA